AUGAAGAGGGUUCGAAUUCCACUAUAUAAAGGGGUGAACUGUCCUACCUCCUUUGCUAUCUGCGAUAUUUGCGACGAAGAUGCUAAACAUCUGUUCUUCGAGUGCAGCAAGAGUGUUGUGUGCUGGCAACAGGUUGGUCUUUGGCAUACAAUCCAACAGGUACGGUUACCCACAUCUUCCUGCGCUGAUAUUCCCCAACAACAGCUGUUCGCGGUUAUUCUCUGGAGUCUAUGGAAACAUAGAAAUAACAAAGUUUGGAAUAACGUCACGGAAACGGCUCAACAAACAGGUGAACGCGCCAUGAAUUUUUUGAGCAGUUGGAAGAAUGCUCAAGACGUGAGGAAUCAGAACACCAACAGAAACACACAUGGUGUGAUUGACUCUUGGGAAAAACCGAGUCCAGGGAGGUUCAAGUGUAAUGUUGACGCAUCCUUUUCCACUACCCUUAACAAAGUUGGAUUUGGAGCUUGUAUUCGUGAUGCCGAAGGAAAUUUUGUGAUAGCAAGAACUGCUUGGACGACCCUUCUACUUGAUGUCAAUAUGGGGGAGGCUAUGGGUCUUUUAGCUGUGCAUUGA